AUGUCAACAUUGUCUACAAUUGCUUUAAAGCCACCUCGUAGACGACCAGUCCAUAAGUCAUCUACAGGCUGCAAACGCUGCAGGCUCAGAAAGUGUUUGUUGCCGCAGAUAAAAUGCGACGAGAGACGGCCAUCGUGCACCCAGUGUGACGACAAGCGGUUCGAAUGUCCUGGAUAUCCUUCUCGACCUCUGCUUCGUUGGUCCACGAAGCAUGAGGUCUUUGACCCGCAAAAAGCGAAUGCCAGCAUCACCGAAUCUACGAAUCUUGCGCGUAAAGAGCGCGAUACCCAGCAAUUUGAGAAGGCUUCUCUGGAUACGGACAAACGGCCCGAUACUGAUACCAGCAGCGGCUGCGAAAUACGAUACGGCGACUCGGUGGACCCUGUUGUAUCCAACCUCCAGUAUGACAUUGGUCUAAAUCAGCAGACUUUCCCGACCGACGAUAUGAUCCCAAUUGUUCUUCACACUUCACCGCCCAAUGUUGACGGGGAAGCUUUCGUGAAUGUAUGGACCUCAGAAGCACACCCAACCGUCGUGGAACAGGAAGAUGCAGAGGUACCCUCUGGUGAAGAUGAAGAAGUCCUGUCUGAUUGUUCCUUGAGCCCUAUUUCCAGCCAUGAUUCUCCGGAUCACCUCCUGCCUGAAAUAGAGGUUAGCCAACCACAGAUUACCAAUGUCAUGCUGGAGACGCCAGGAGAGGACUCCGAUGAAAACACAUCAAAGCCAGCCUCUCCACCCUUUAGCGACAUUCCAUCCCCGUUCAUAGCGAACGAUGCACAAUCUUUUCAUACUCCUUCUGCUCCAAUCUGUCAUGAGCCUUCGGGUGCACUGAUUGAGUUUGUGCCGUUUUACUUCAACGUUGUUUGCCAUAUUCUCUCCACAUUCGACUCUGAGCAGAACGUGUUCCGUACAUUCGUGAGCAAAAAGUGGCAGGACUCCUCCAUCAUGUUUUAUACCAUACAAAGUCUGGCGGCAGCUAAGCUGGUGUGGUUCAUGCCUGAGAUGAGGACUCGGUCGCUAGAAUUCCGCUCGCUUGCACUGCAUGAUCUCCAGGAGAGAGUUUCUGCUGCGCAGUAUUGGGACACAGAGCUCUUAUUCAUUGUCCUCUUACUAGGCGUGAGCUCGUCCUGGUUCGACAUAGGAGAUCUUGGCAUACCUCAUUUAGAGGCGGUUCAACACGCCGUGUUAAAUGGAAAGGUGCAGUUCUCUAAUGAUUUCGAUGCCAUCAGCUUUUUUCGGAACGCCCUUAUCUACUGGGAGAUGGUCUCAUGCGCUGUGAGCAAUAAGGUUGCUUAUCACGAAUACGAGAAGAUGGGAUCCAAUGAGACUGAGAAACCUGGCUCGGUGCCAUCGGCUCCCAAACAUCGAGCUCAACGAAGCCCAUCGCGUAUGGUACCACACCCGUGGACGGGUGUUGCUUCGGAACCGCAAGCGAUCUUUACUCGUAUAUCAAGACAAAUCCACGCGCUACGAUCUUCUGCGUCGGCAUCACCGAUGGGUGGACAGAACAUUAAUAAACCAGGCGACUUUUUGGAGGCUGUAAGACAACUAGAUCAGUCAAUAUGGGCUUACGAACUGCCCAAGCUACACUCUAUCAGUAAUAUCGGAGACCCGAAUACCCCGGCUAUUCAUCAUCUGUUACUUGCUGAGGCUUACAUGUAUGCCAACAUUUACCAGCUCUACCGGAUUUUCCCAAACGUACGAAGGAAGCGGGUCAAAUGGAUGAGAGAGCUCAUAGCUACGCAGAAGCCAUACGAUCAAACAACUUGGGCUGCCUCUCAAGUCCACUCUUGGACGGUUAUGCUGGAGCAGGAGGACGGUACGGAGAAUUGGCUGAGGUUUCUGGGCCGCAAUGUGAUCAUUCGCUUGGAGCAGAUCCAGACCAAUUCUGGGACCUCGUGUGUGCAGGCUUUGCUCUUGUUAGUGGCUGCUACGUCACUCUCCUUGGGUUCAGGAGAGGCGGAGGAGGAGGCCGCCGGUGGUCUUGAGGAGCAGCAGCAAGAAUACUUUGCGGAAGACAAGGACGAUAUCCUUCGAGCCCGGCAGUUUGUGCUAGAUCGUCUUGAGUUUCUCUCGAUGACGAAUUUAUCUGCGCCUAUUCAGUAUGUCCGCAAUAUUGUGCUGGAGAUAUUUAAACGCCUGGAUGUUGGGGCGGAUAUAUUUUGGAUGGACGUGCUUCAUUCCAUGGGUCUUGUAACUAUAAUUGGGUGA